CAGACGGUUACCACUCGACAAUAACUACCACUUUAGACUACUUAUUGUUAUUAUAUGUUCAUCUCCAGAACACCAAUAAGUAUAAAUACUUUAUAGUGUACUUUAAUUUUAAAUUCUUACAUUAUAAAUUUAGUUUUAAUUAAGGGUACCGAAUUACGUAAAAAUGUAUGAUUUCUACGUCAAGAUAAUUACUAAUUAAUAAUAAUUACCGUACCGACCCUACACUUACACACUACAGUACAAAGUGCCCUGUCUACUGUCUACACACAAUACUUCUACAUUACUAACUUCAGAGAGACAUUAGUAUAAAAUAGGGACCUCAGUAUGAUCCGGGGGGCUAAUGUUAAUGGAGGGAUGCUACGGCAUCUUUUGUGUGUUUAUUAUAGUUGCAGUGAAUUAGGAUUUAGCUUAGGUUGAGGGAUCGAUUUAGGGUUCAGGUUAGGCAUGGGGAUUGAUUUAGGGAUACAUUCGUGAAAUUCGAUAAAAAUGUGGCAUUCGUCCUUAAAAUUUACCGAUCCAGGAAGUGCCGAAAACCGGGUAUCGUGAUUUCGUUGUCAAAAUGGCGACCUACACUUUUUAAUUUACCGAGGGUAAUGUUGUUUAGGAUUAUUUUUGCUAAAGUUAGUUUUUUAAUAAAUUCUACUUCUGCCCUCAACUUAAAGCAGACAUGUGUCUUGUUCAUUUGACACUUUCCUUUUAGAAAAAACUUGAUGGUUUGACUUUGAAAAUUAAUGGUUAAUAAUAGCUAAUUUGACUCGUUCAUAAUUUUUGUGUGAAAAAUAUAAGUUUAAAAAAGAAAAUACCAAUGUUACAUGAAGGCAUAAUUAACAACAUAUCCAAAAUUUGUGAGGUUAGGACCAGUGCAUGGGUGAGAAAGUUUUGCACAAAAUUAAUUUUUGUCACAUGUCCCAAAAUUACCUAAUAUCAGCCUAAUAUUAAUUAUCGUUACUGAACGUUUUUGUAGUAAGUAGCUUGAUUUACCCUGGAAAUCCAGCAUAUUACCCACUAAUAAUAUUUUAGAAACGGAUGCAUACACCGCAGCAUUGUACCUAGCGAAACCAUCGGCUUUGGCCUGCGUAAACCGCGGCGGUGUAUCUAGCGAAAUCGUGGGCUUUGGCCUGGGUACACCGCGGCAAAAAUGUACCAUUGGCUCUGUUUUAAAAUAUGCUUGUUAGAGGAGAUCUCGUGUGGUUAAGUGGUUGAGUGGACGCUUGGCGUUAAUAUAUUUUGAGAUCAAUUCCCAGUAGGGGAUCUAGGUUUUUUUCCCUCCCAAUUUAUUUUUAAAAUAUUUUGUAGCAAUUUAAAUAAUUAAAAUAUAUUUUUAAAUAUUAUAUUCAAUACUAUAUAUAUAUAUAUACUUGUUUCAACAAGUUGUGCCGGCCUUUGACUUUGAAAAUACCGGUAAAUUUAGUAAUAAGACAUUUAGACAUUAGAAAACAAACUCAAAGUUUCUGAAAGCGCAUGUACAGUGUAUGUAUCAUGUAUAAGAGAAACAUUAUGAAUUCUAAGUGAUAUUCUAUUGUAUUUCAUGUAGUUGAAUAUUUACAUUUUACUUUUACGAUCACCCAAAGAAAAUACCAGUAUAUCAUUAAUAUCAUAUAAGAGAGAAUAAUUUCAAAUUAGCUACCCUUUUUAUGGCUAUUAAGAUUCACAAUCAUAUGAUUAAAACUUACAACAAUUAAUAAAUUUAUUUGUAUUUCAAUAUAUUGGGGGGGGGGGGGGGGGGNAAUAAAGUGGUUAAUUUUAAAAAUAAAUCAUGGUUUAACAUUACACCCCCAGCCCCCUCCCUUCCAAAAAAUAAAAAGAAAUGCUUUACAAGUACUUUGCCACAUAAGCAUGGAACUUAAUCAAUAUCUUCCCAAGGUGCUAAACGAAUUUGAAAUAAAUAGUUUUCAGUUUUAACACGAGUAUAACAUUAAAUCUACAAGUACCGGUUAGGCCAAAAAGUCAAAGACUCGCAAAGACCAUAGUUUUUGCUUCUUAAAAUCGCUGCGAUGUAGGCAGGCCACAGACCAUGAUUUAGCUAGGUACACCACCGCGGUGUACGCAGGCCAAAGUCAAUAGUUUCGCUAGGUACACCACCGCGGUGUACGCAGUGCCGGCCUAAUAUUUUAAAACAAAGCAACAAUUUAAUAGCACUAAUUACUUUUAUCUGAUGCUUUUAUUUUGAGUGGGGAAGUGGGAUAAAUAGCCCUAUCUUUGUUGUAUAAUGACAACUAAUAGUUUAAAUAAUUAAAUAAAUAUAUAUAUGUAUAUUUAUAUAUAUAUCCAUCCAUCCUAUAAGUCUAGUAUAGUGUAGCCUAUAGGUCUAGUACCAUCCCAACUUAUUAUUGCAAGACCUAUUAAUAAACAAUUAACUAUUAUACUAUUAUAGUUAAUGAUAUUUUAGGCCAUGUAAUCAUAUUUUAUUAUUUAAUGGAAAUUAUGAUUCUUAAAUUUUAAAAUAAAAAUGUUUUUAAAAAAUAUUCACUUACCUUUGAUAUUGAAAUAUCCUUAAUUGACUCACAAAUCACAAUAUUCCACAAGACACAAGAAACUUAUAUAAUCUUCAGUAUUCUUCAAGAAAUUACACUUUCUGAUACAGUAAUCCAAGAAUUUCUUAAGCUUUUAACAAUCAUAAAAGCUUGUACUUACCUCAAGCAAAUGACUUAGAACUUAUUUUAAUUUCUAUCAACAACCAAAGUUGAUACAUGUUGAUUUGUGAAACAAGAUUACUAAUUUUUUGGUCCUAUUAAAAUGGGACUAAAAUACAUACAUAAAAAAUGGUAAAAUAAAAAGUAUAAUCGUCAAUUUUAUAUAAAUUAUAAAUGAAUCAAAUAAUCCCUGUAUUAUUUGUUUAUACUGAUAAAAGUUAAACAAUUCCACAGAAAAUUUGAAAUUAAUAUCUAAAGAAUAUUAUUAUUAUUAAAUUAGGGACAUUUUAAACAUUUAUAUUUAAAAAUAUUAAUUAAUUAAUACAAGUAAGUGAUGAGUCAGCGUAUUUUAUUCAUUUUUAAUAAGGAAAAUUAUCAAGAUUAAAAAUAUUUUUUGCGGAAUAUUAACAAAACUAAAAUUGUAUUUUAUGGCUUUAUUUAGAAGAACUCAUAUUUAACUGUGUUCCUUGAAAAUAUAAUAUUUUUGUCUCAUUUUAUAACAAAGUUAUAGGCAUACAAACAAUAGCAAUAUGAGGGUGACGAAAUGUGGAGGAAAAUCCCAUAGUGACAAAGGGGUUUUGAGGUCCUUACUAAAAAAUUCAUAACUUUUGAACCACUUGAGCUAGAAAGUUGAUCUGGUGUUUUUGUAAACCAUUAUAUGGGCUCUGUACAGCUGUAGUAUUUUUAUAUUUUUAGAAAUGUUUUUAAAUUUUAAUCAUAGUGCCUAUAUAAAAUAAUUAGUACAAUUAGUCACCGAUUUUGGUAGUUGGAUACUAUUUUCGGCAAAUUAAAUGAAUUAAGAAAUGGACACAGCCGUAAGGUAGCAGGGUAAUCCCUUAUUUUAGUGCAAUACAUUCCAUAAUUAACUUUUUUUUUAAAUAAAUAAACUUAUAAUAAAAUAGUUAAGUAGGCCUAUUUCAUUAUUAAAAGUAUUUUUUAAGUAAAAUACCAUCUUUUUGUUUGAUUAUCCUACAAUUUUUACAACUAUUAAAUUUAAACAAAUUGUACUUGUUGACAGGGUCCCCACUCGGCAGUCGGGAAUUCAUUAAAUAAUUUUCUGUCUGGAAAAUGCAUGAGUCUGGAAUUUUUAUUUUGAGAAAAGUAAUAAUAAAUUUGGGGGAAUCUUGCAGUUGAUGUGCGUAUAUUAUUUCUGAUCGAAUUUCGUAUUAUGGAGUGUAAACUUACAUGUAUUCUUUAUAAGUUUAGUCCACACAGUAUUAGUUAACACUAACACUAAAUUGUACAGCUCUAACUUUUUUUAAAUUGAUUUUUACAGCCCCCAUGGGUACAUGGCCGGUAGCGUAAACAAUCUCUCCAUUACUUUUUUAAAAAUUUAAGUUCACCCUAUAUGCCAGAUUGCAAUUUUUCAACUGCAAGCACCAGAUUGCAAUUUUUCAACUGCAAGCAUAAUCACAAAAAAGGGGCCUCAUAAUUUAGAUGUUAGCUAAAGGGCUUUUAAAGAUGUUCAUUUCCGAAUGAGCGACGCUUUUUAUAUUGGCUAGUUUUAGGAAAAAAUUAAAUUAUGAGUUCAUUACCCUUAGUACCGGCAGUUUUUGAACAUGGAUAAUUAAGUUUAUGUGUACUAAGUUUGAUCUCAUUCCAUUCGCCCAUGCCAAUGCAGGUGCCUUUGUUUGGAAUUAUAUUUAUAGUUCCUAUAUAAAAAAUAAAAAAUAAAAAAUUUUGGGCUCCUAUGAAAUAACGGAACAUCUAAUUAAGUUCAAACCCCCCCCCCCCCCCCCCCCCCCCCCCCUCACCACCGCUAUUUCAUUCUUUUUGUGAACGUGCCAACAGUUUUAAAAUUUCAUUUAGCAUACCAACUAAUAGGUGAUUAAAACAUCUGGCAACAGGGUAAAAAAUACAAAAUAAAUGCAGCUAUGGAUGGUUGGUGGAUGUUCAAAGUCACUUUAGAAAUAAAAUAAAACGAAAAUAAGCGCUGUAUAAUUCAGUAUUAGUUAACUAUCACUGCCUGGAUUUAAUUUAAUGAAGAAUACAUGUAAGUCUACAUGCGAUAAUAAGAAAUUCGAUCAGAAAUAAUAAAUGCACCUGAACUGCAAGAUUACCAAAUUUGGAUUCCAUGAAAUUUGAAAUUGAUCGCUGAUGUUGCUUUUCUUAGCCUUUCUGUUAUCAAAAAGACUUUGCCAGAAUGUUAGUGGUUACCAUUUCACCGCACACACAUUUUGAGCUCUACAAGUUUCGAAAAUAAAUUUACUAAACACAAGUCCCAUUGCAAGAACAACGUACCAUACAAAGUAGCGCAGCUUGCUACUUAAAAAUAACAUUUACCAUGCAACCCUCUCACUCAGACCUCAGACAGUAACUCCAAACAAAUAGUAUGUGCUAAAGACACUACGUCAUAGCUACAUAAAAAUCACUCACAAUAGUCACAAACUUCAUUGCUCCAAAAGCAUUCAUCAACAAAAAGUAACACACGAAACACACUGCACGAGAAAACACAAUAUUUGGUGUGCAACAAAUACAAGGCAAUUUCCAUACUGGACAUAUCCAAGUGAAGUUGGGUCAGACGACCAACAUAGCUCACACAAAGAAACAUGACGUCUCAUAAAACACAUAACAGUAUAUGAAAAUUGGCACACAGGUAGAUAAAUAAAUACCCAACGUAGUUUCAGUUGAGCAAUCAAUUUAAUGGUGAAUGUAGCAACUUUAUUGUAUCGCUCCAGUCAGAUAUGCAUCAAGACUUCUCAAGUAUCACUAAAACAGGUGCGCUUCACUACCGCACGUCUGUGAGAAAAUAGUAUCAUUAAAUAUUCAAAAUAAGGAAAAUCCAAUUUACAGUUUCAUUGACAGUAGACUUUUAGACACUUUAUUACAGGUUCCACCAAAACUAAAAUCCAAAAGAUAUCAGAAAAGUCAAAUUCCUUUUUCAAAAUGGUUAGAUCGACAAAAUAGCCUCAUUUAUAAAUAUUAUAAUUAACUAUGCUAUGAAAUUUAUGAAAUAUUAAUUAUAAAAAAAGUCAUCAAUAAAAAAAAUUCCCUUGGAGUAUUAAUAUUAAAAUAAUACAAUUUGACUCUUAGUAACAAUUCACAACUAAACAGUGGGAGUUCACUCAUACACAGAAAAUCUGGGUAGCACCAGAAAGCGUUAUUUAGCCAUAAUCAUUUUUCGCAUAGCACUUUUCGUUAAAAAGUUAUGAUUUUUUCAUUAAUAAAAACUCACUUUUUCAUGAUAGAAUAUGGCUCAAUUUUUGUGAUGUUAAAAAUACUCUUCCUUGAUUGAGGUGUUCUUAAAAAAGCCAUUUUAGAAAUGAUGUAAUCAAUUUGGCCUAUUCAACUAUUCAACUAAAUUUGAAAUAUAACCAAUGAUUAUUCUUUUCAACUUCAUUCAUUGAAAGUUGAAUGUCUGAUUAUUACAUAACGGAUAACAUCCUAAAUAGUGAUAAUCAUUGCAGUUAUCUGGAUACAACCAGUGUAGGUAUUCAAGAUUUCCAGGAACGGUUCUGUAAAGUAAAGGCAGGAGCAUUUUCUGCAAACUUGGGUUAAAUUAUUUUGGGAUAAUGCAAAAAUCUGUUACCUAAACUAUGCUAUUAAUAACCUGUUCUAGCGAACUGGUAGGAUGCCACCACUGGAUACAACUAAUCAUUUCAUGUAAAAGACUUUACUUUUACUGUCCAUAUAUGACAAGAUUGAGGAUUUGGUUGUAUUUUGUCACUGUAGGCCUAAAUAUGAUUAUUAAAUUUAGACAUGCCAACCUGUGGGCAAAACCUGUGCAAAAAAAAACCUCCUAAAACCUGUUACACGAUUUGUUAAAAUAAUUAUCAUUUAUAAUUUGUGACCUGUUACUUUUUAUAUUAUCACUGUUCUUAUUGCAAUCAUUUCCCUUUUAAAAUGUCUGGAUUUGUUUUACAAUCCCAAACAAGUGUUAAUUUCAUAUUUAAAAUUGAUAUGAUGGUGAACUGUAAUUUUCGCUGACUGUACACCAAAACAGUGCCGACUGUGUAAAAUAAUAAUAUGCUAACAAAACUACAGACAAAAAUAACUAUUUUACAGUACCGGUAUACAAUUAGCACAGACACCUUUUUUUCUCUUUUUUUUUUUGUAUUCACAACCAAUCCAGACAUCAUUAAAAGGUAAAAACAUUGCAAAAAAAAAUAAUUUUUUUAAAAUAUUUUUAUUUUUUUAGGGGAUUUUAUUCACUGAGGUUGGCAUGUAUGUUUUAACCCCAAAACAUAUUUUUAAUUUGUGUGUUAACACACUUAUUCUCUGUUUCAGAUGAGCUGUAGUACAAAGAUCGAAAUGUAUGGGCCAAUGCAAUAGUAUAACUUUCAAAUUUGCACACAUGCUGACUGAGUGAUUUCUCUAAAAAUCUCAACCUAAACAUAUUGCCCCCAGUAGAUAGAAGUGGCAGUAUUCAAAUACCCUCCAAGUCUACUAUGGCAGCACCUGCUAUUUGCUCAACAACAAACAUGCAUCCACAUAUCCUCAGUGAGGCUGAGUAUGGGCAGAGCAUGCUAAUGAAACUCAAUGAGUUUCGCCUUGGAGCAUUAUUUACUGAUGCUAUUUUGUGUGUUGGCCAGGAAGAGUUUCCUUGCCACAAGAAUGUUUUAGCCGUGAGCUCACCCUAUUUCCAGGCCAUGUUUACCAGCGACUUGAAAGAGAGUCGAGAGAGCCGCAUCAAUUUUAACGAAGUGUCUCCUUGGACACUAAAGCGAGUCAUUGAUUAUGCUUACAGUGGUAAAAUUGAAGUCAGUACAACAAAUGCACAGGAGAUGCUUGCAGCGGCCAGUUUGUUUCAGUACCCGGCCAUUGUAUCUGCUUGUGAAGAAUUUCUUGAGCAACAGCUUCACUCUUCCAACUGUUUAGGAUUUGAAAUGUUUGCUCAAUUACAUUGCUGCACAGAGUUGCAAAAGAAGGCUCGUCAAUUUGCACUGGAGAAUUUUACUUCGGUCGUUGAAAAUGAUGAGUUUCUAGAAUUACCUUUCGACCGUCUUCAGAGUUAUAUAUCUAGUGAUUAUAUAGAUGUUCGAACAGAAGAAACUGUCUUCAAAGCCAUUAAAAACUGGGUGCAGUUUGACCUUGAUGAAAGAGAGAAACAGUUACCAGAACUUUUAGAGAAUGUCAGACUUUUUGUAUUUGAUAUACCUCAGUUAAAAAUUAUUGAACAAGACCCAUUAAUUUGUGGGUCAGAAAAAUGUUUAUCUUUAGUCCAAGAUGCUAAGCGACUGAUACAAACAUUCCAUGAAACACAAGCUGGGAAAAGAAGGAGAAGCAUGCAAGAUAUUUUCAUUCAGCCCCGUCCUUCCACUGUGGCCAAAGAGGUAGUGGUAGUUUUGGGGGGUAGAUCCACAGACAGUUAUGUUACAUGUAGUGUCGAAAUGUACGAUCCUCAUAAAGACAAGUGGUCCAAUUUAGCAGACUUGCCUCAAGGAGUGACAUGGUUUAGUGUUGCUGUUUUAGCCAAUUGUAUUUAUGUUGCUGGAGGAAUUUUGGAUAACUGCAUCAUUUCUAAAGUAUGGAAAUUUGAUGCAGUUGACAGAAAAUGGUAUAGUGUUGCACCAAUGCUUAAACCCAGAGCCAGGCAUGCAGCAGCGAUUAUUGAAGACAAAAUGUACGUUUUAGGAGGUGUUCGUUAUGAGGGUAAGAUGCUGAGUGUUGAAACAAUAGAAUGUUAUAACCCCGUAUCAAACACUUGGACUGCUGCCGGUAGAACAACAUUUCCUCGCAAGGAGUCUUGUGUGGUACCUUACAACAAUACAAUAGUGGAGCUUGGGGGACUGAAGGGAGAGGAGGCUAUUGAUAAUGCACUCGACAGUUACCACAUCAAAGAGGAUGGUAUUCGGCCUAGUGGUGAGCAAUUUAUGCUUCCUGAGAACAUUCGAUUUGCGAAAAUCGUAGUAAUAAAUACAGUAUUCUACAUUAUUUGGGAAGACUCAAAUAAAAUGAUUGCACUGAAUGCUCAAAAGAGAACGUUUAAACCACUUCCAAGCAUGCAUUACUCAAGAGUCUCAAGUGGCGCUACUGUGGUGGAUGGAAAAAUUUAUGUUACGGGGGGACUCAUUAAAGAUGAACCUACAAGUAAAGUAGAGAGUUUUGACCCAAUUACAGAAAAAUGGACUGAAGAAAAGCCCAUGUCUGAAGGAAGAGCUCUGCAUGGAUGUGUAACACUUAAAAUGUGCUAG